AUGCAGUUUGACUAUGCGUAUUGAGUUCCGCGCUACGCUUUUAUUACUGAACUCGCUGUCAAUUGCUCCCAAAUGCCAAAGCGCACCAGGAGGCGCACCUAAAAAUCUCGCUGGGUCACAAAAUCCAAGUCUCUAGGCAAGCUACAACACGCCUGUUGGGCUGAGCGGGGCCCCUGCCGUGCGGACGCGCCGCUGUCCUUCCCGCCAACGGGCCCGCCUCCUCGGUCUGCCAGGAAUGGCGAGGGGCGCCGUCCAUGCCGCACGGUCUGCACCCGUAGCACGCGCACCUCCGCGCAUAUCGCGGCUUGAACGCAUAUCCGAUCGGCUGGCGCCAGUUCUGCGUCUGCUGGCCCGUCUGCUGCAACUGCUGCUGCGGCUGCCAGCCUCCCUUGGGUUGCUGUUCUGGAGCAGUUCCCCGCUCAAGGCGGCCUCGGCGCCGCCACCGCCAGCACCAGAAUGCGAUCAAAACCUACAUGACUCACAGCCGCUGCCUCAGCAACAACGGCCAGAGCCGCAGCAGCCGCAGCAGGGUCCAGCGGGGGUAUCGGCUGACCCGCCUCCGGAAGGACAGUCCCCGGCGGCAGCUGCAGCAGCAGUAGCAACGGUGGUGGCCGGAGCAGCGGCAGCAGCAAGCGAGCCCGGCAGCGACCCAGAUCCCACUUGCUCGGCAUCGGUCAGGGGGGACUCCCGUGGCUCAGCGGAUGAUGCCGGUGGUGCCGAUACCUCUUCUGCUGCGACCGUCGGGAGCGACGGCACAGCGCAGACAGAGCCGGCACUGAGCGUUGCUCCCACUAGCGCGGAGUGUCAGGAGCCGCCAGAAGGCGGCGGCGGCGCAGCCGCCUCCGGUGGUGAUGCCAGCGCCGAUGUCGGUGCCGGUCCCUGUGCCGGGGCUGGUGCUAGUGCCGGUGCGGGUGCGAGUGCGGGUGGCGGGGGUGGCGGCGGCGGCAAGCGCGGGAGGCGCAAGAGCCCCGAGCCGCCCCAGCAGGGAUUGUCAAAGGAGCAGCGGCGGGCCGAGGCGAUCGCGGCGGCGCUGAUUCGAGAGGAGGAGGCGAAGAAAGCGGCCAAAGCGGCGGCGGAGGCGCGGCGGGCGGAGAAGGAAACCUUGCGGCGGCAGGAGCGGGCAGCAAGGGAGUUCGAGGAGCGGCGGAGGCGGGAGGCGGAGGAGGCGGCGGAGGAGGCUGCAGAGAGGGCGAAGAGGGCGGCUCUGGCCCGGGCGAAGGCGCGUGUGGCGGCGGCGCGGCGGCGGGCGGAGGAGGAGGUGGUGGCGGCACGGCUGGCGGAGCGGGAGGCAGCUGCCGUGCACGAACCGUGGAUGGAUGUGGCAGGAGGUGGCAGAGGCGGUGGAGGCGGAGGCGGCGGGCUGCGUGCACGUCUGGCGAGCGCCGGCAGCGGCGGCGGCAUCGCGACCGACAGCUCCCUGCGGGAGGCGGCGCCCAUCACCACCGCCCUGGCGGCCGCGGCUGCUGCAAACGCGGCGGCGGCAGCAGAGGCAGCGCAGUCCGCUGCGGGUGCUGGUACUGCUGCUACUGCCGCUGCAACGCGGCAGCAGCAGUCAGCGGGAGUCCCCGGCGCCUGGGCGCAGGCGGCAGCUCAAGCCCAAGAUCGGGGCCGGGUCGGCGCCAGCAGCAGCAGCUCGCAGUUGCAGUCGGCACGCGCCUCGGCCGCCCCGUCUGCAGGCGCCGGCCCCUCGGCGCCUGUGUCGCUCUUCCGCUGGCUGCUUGCCCGCGUUUGGCCUGGAGCUGACGACGGCAAGGCGGCCGCAGUGUCAGACUGUGACGAUGGGGCAUGCGGCGGCGCCGGCGAGGACGACGACGGGGACGGGCUGGAUGAGACGCUGUGCGUGGUGUGCCUGGAUUUCGAGCGCGUGGCGCUGACGCUGCCCUGCGCGCACGUGGUCACGUGCGGGCGCUGCAUGGAGGGCAUCCGGCGCCGCGCCAACGCCUGUCCCAUCUGCCGCAGCCCCAUUGAGGAGGUGCAGGAGCUGCCGCCGGGCUCGGCGGAGGCGGCGGGCGGCGCGUUCUGGGCGGGGCAGCGGUAGUGGGCGGCGGGCGGGCAGCGGUGGGCGGUGGGUGUGUGGCGUGGCCGCAGGGGGAGGCAGGCGAAGGCGGGGCAAUGAACUUCGUCAGGUUUGAGGAGAGGAUACGAGGGGAUUGACUGAGUGUGAACUGCGAGACCCUCGACUCUGGCUUGGGGUAAGUAAACCGGUGAGAGAUAGACAGGGUAUACCCACGAUGGAGGAGCAGGAUGAGACGGUGGAUGCUGGGGUAGGAGGAGGUUGGGACAUGAUGUUGGGGCCUGGCGUGGGAAGGAAGAUCACAUGUUGGAUUGCCCAACCUGGAACCCAAGCUGCCGGGAGGGUGCCGCGGUAGAGGGUUUGGACCAUGGGUGUCGAAUCAUGGCCGCAGGAGAGGGCGGGAGACGCCAGAGGACGCGAGGCAGAUAAAAGCCUAAUCAGACGGGGGGAACAAUUCCGCACAGUAGUAGCCAUGACAUCUUGGGUGACGUAACGUGAGGAGGAGGAGUGAUACCCUAUUUAUGACAGGAUGGAGGUGCAGGACCGAGGAGGAACGCUGGGUUAGGUACUGGGUAGGCGCGUGUGAGUGCCGUAUGUAGAAAGCUCGUGUGUUACUGUAGUACUGUCGAUAGGGCUGUAGGAAAGCACACGAGGUCAGGGUAGGUGGAAUACCGCAUAUGUACGAGCCUUGAACUGAGUAAGUCAUAGGUCAGGGUUUUAGGCUUUCAAUUUGAGUUUGCCGGUGCAGGACGCACACAGGAGGCAGGGCCAGCACAUUGCCAUCCCAUGGUGAUGCAUAGGCGUGGUGGUGCAGCUGGCGCCGCUAGACAGCGCUAGGGGCAGUAGGGCCGCCCACAAUGCGCUCAUAGAACGGUGUCACCUGCGUACAGAGGCACUUCGCUGGAG